AUGAGGAAUAUCAAGUAAAUUGAGAAUUUUACAAAAAAAACCAACUCUUAAACUAAAUAAGAAAAGAUUGCUUCUAAAAUAACAUUUCUCAGACUUGUUUUAUGUGAUAAAAAAACCAUAAGAGCUUCUGCUUAAAUAUGUAAGAUGAACUUUUCAACAGCAAAAGCUAUUCUAAACAAAUUUAGAAGACAUGGAGUUAUCUAAUAAUCUUAUAAAGGUACAUUUAUUGAAUAAAGUAUAGAUUAUGAUAGUUAACUUGAUUUACUAAGAUAGAUUGUUUAAAUUCAGAAAGGAAUUAGAUGUGAGUAGAUUUGUAAAAUGUAGUAAAGCAAAUAGAAAUUAAACAACUAAUUAUAGCUAUUUCUUUAGAAUAAUUAAAUCUAAAGAAAUAGUGAAUAAUUUGAAGUUUAGUUUAAUAUGGAUAAAGAUGUACUUGAAUAACAACUCAGAUAGGAAUAAUAAAAAGAGUAUAAUUUAGUAAGGUAAAUUUUGGAAUAGUAAAUAAUAUUGAUAAAGAAAAUAUGUCAAUGA